UGUCACAAACACAUGCAAUACCAGCACCACGAUUUCCCGACGUGACGUCAUCCUGACGUUUGUAGUACUUGUUUGUGAGGUCAGCUUACAGGAGCGGUCAGUAGGGUAUAUAACGGGCUACAUCUCAUGGACCCUGGGUACAAACAACUAAGGCGUAGAGACUUUACGACUUCUAAGACUAAAUAGCAUUACGGAAACAUUAUUUCAAAAACAUAUAAUAACACAAUAACAACUUAAAGUGUAUCAAAGUAAGAUGGAGAAUUUGAUUGUGUUGGUGAUGGGUGCGAUCGUUCUCACAGAAGCUCGACAGAUAUGUGACGGUAAUGUGGGAGUCCAGUGGAGGGGGGAUCCUAAGGACUGCUCUGUAUUCUACAUGUGUGUGGGGGACGUCAUGUCACAGUUCCGCUGUUCAAAGGGCACGGUGGUCGACGUGUACAGCAAACGGUGUGUGAAGGAGGGAUCCGCCCAGGAUAGAUGUACAUAUGUCACUCAAAACAUUAGCACGUGCCAGGGCGGUCAGACGAACCUAGGUGUGAUGAGUUCCUGCGCUAAGUACAUAGACUGUAUAACGUCCCGAAGGACCGGGAUCGUCACAGAGAGGGAGUGUUUAUAUCCUCAGCUGUACGACCAGGUCAGCGGGGAGUGUCGUCAACCGGAAACCGUCAUCUGUGGUGACAGACCGGAACCCAAGGAACCAUGUGACUAUGAUGCCAAUAAAUGUAAGACAGCCCACUGCAUCCCCUGUCGUCUGCGCAUGCCCAGCUGUCAAGGAUAUCCGGAUGGGCCAAACGUCUGGUCUGGAAGGGAACGAUCUCCAUAUUAUGUUGUCUGCAAAAACGAUCGAGUUAUUUUCCAGAACAAAUGUUCUGGAGGAAAACCCCAACGGUUUGAUCCGGUGUUAAAGAAAUGUGUUGAAUAUACUCCAAUUAUUGUGUAAAAGUUUAUUGUUGUAAAUGAACAUUAUUACUUUGAGAUUGUUUGCAGUAGUAUUUGUUUUUGUUCCUUGUAUGUUUUCUAGAAUGCUUUAUUAUAAUAAACUGAAUUGUUAUUGUUCAAAAGUUUUAUUCUUGUCUAUUACAAACAAAAUCCAGUAAUACUGUUUCAGAUGCUAACGAUGUAAUGGAAAACCCUUAGGGAAUAUGCUAUUGUGGAUGUGUGUAAAUAAAACUCGUGACGCUGAGGAUAUCAGGUUUAAAUGUACUACGUGUACGUAUAUUUAAAAGUCAAUAAAUGACCUAAUGGCACUCGCAUUUAAAAUAACAUACGGCUUUAAUGGUUAAAGGAGCGCUGUGCAAUUAAUAGUUUUAUGAGCGUGUUAGAAUAUCACUUUCUUCUAUCAAAAUGUCUGACGAUUUGAAUCUACUCUACCAUACCUCAUACCAAACAGGAAAAAUAUUAUUAUUAUUAUCAAUGCUUAACGGCCCAUCAACACAGGAUAGGUCAUUAGGGCCAACAAAUGGCCGACAAAAACAAGGGCUAAAUCCAAUUUUAAAGGUAUGAAAAAGGAGAAAGAACACAAGAGGAAGAAAAGAAAAAAGAAAGGACAAAAACAAAAUCUACACUAUCUACAUGGGACUCUGACGAUUUACCACAGCCCGACCAAUCCAGAGGCGGCCAUCUGUAUUCCAAACAUCCAGGAAGGAAUGCACAACGGUGCAAACCUAGCAUUUGCGUCCCGGCCAAAGGACGUUAUUAUGACAGUUUCUUUUUCAAGAAAUGUAAACGGCGAUAUAUAUGGUUAAUAUGUUAUCUUAUUUUGUGAAAAGCAGAACACAGGUCGGAAAGAAUUCUAUUGAGGAUGACAUUAUGAAAGUAACCGAGUUCCUGGUUUACCAUGUUUAUAAAGACCUCCGUAUAUUUAUAGUUUGCCCUAGGUUAAUCGAUUUCGAGUUCUAAUUACAGAUUACAGUUUUAUUAACACCGCGGUACUCCCUUUUCUUAAAACAAAUAAAGGUGUGUUUAAUAGUUGACGAACGAAAUGUUAUAAUUAAAUAAUUCGUGUAAUAAUUUAAACCAUCAUCAC